CCACUUUCCACCCAAGAUUUCAACCUUUCCAACUAUAUACAGUACAAGUAACAAACUUAUUCCUGAAUUUAGUCUAUAAGCUUCUAUGUAUAAAUAACCAAACCCCUUAUUUCAGCAAUCUAACUUGAAGAAUUCAAUUUACUCCUCCUUUGUAUCAACUUGAAGGGUUCGUUUCUUGUUGCUUUUUAGUAGCAAGAAAAUUAACCCAUACAAUCAACCCUCUUGAUACAAAAUUUUAUUAAAAAAAAAAAAACUCAAAAUAGCAGAAAAUGGCAACAUCAUAUGCACAAGGAAUGGCUAAUACAUCAUCAUCCUCGCAAAGAGGAGUAGCAAUGGUAUUGGCUUUGGUAUCAGCGGUGGUGUUGUCUCCAUUGUAUGUUGAUCGAAGAAAUGACCAUAAAAAUUUUAUGAGGUCUUACGAGACUAAAUGGAGCUCCGGGUUCGUGCUUCCCGUUGUUCUUGCAGGAUUAAUUGUUGCAAUUAAGACGACUUCCACAGCAUCAAGUUAUAGUAACAGAGGUGCAAGAACAUCAGUUUUAAAUGUUGCAUCUUCAGAACCUUCAUCUGUGCUCCAAGUUGGGAGUUCUUCUUGGGGGCUUGCGGGCAUUUUGGUCAUGUUAAUGUUCAUUAUGUCAUGGCAAUCUUCACUUCAACAUUUCUUGUGGAGAUAGAGGUGAUCCUUACAGAAGAAGAAGAAGAAGAAUAAAAUAAAUAAAGAUGGAUUCAAGGAAACUGUUUGUGUCCAACUAGUUUAGAUGUUAAGAGUUCGAAUCUCGCCCUCGGUAGCUAAAUUUAGUUAGUUAACUAGCUAAAUCUGGAAAUGCUAGAUUCAUACAUCAAUCAAAUUACAUAUUGCAUGUGUACCACUCGUAACUAUUUAUCUGAAGAGUCAAUAGUGUAUUGCGACUUCUAUAGCUUGUCAUGCAUUCUAUUUUCAAUCAUGAUCACCUGAUUAAAUGCAGUACCGUUAUCCGGAAAAAAAAAAAUGGGGAUAGAAGUUCGCCUUCCUUAUGCAGUCAUGAAAGAAUAUCUUGAACGAAAGUUUUCUCUCCAAUGAGAUACUGUAUUAGGAUUUAGGACAAACAAUUUUUCUCGUCUACUUAGCCAUUUGUCUAUCUUAAUUAAUGUACCAAAAGAAAAUAAUCCCUUUGCCCCGAAAUUAUUAUUUAAAUU